GUCUCUUUAGACAAUAAAUAUCACAAAGUUGAGAAACAGACCGAGGCGCACAUUUGCGGAUUGUCUUGCGCGCGUUCUUGCAAUAAAGACAAACCGAUCGGGUUUUGUAUCACAAGAACUGAGUUGUUGCACAGCGCCUUGGUUAAACCUACAAAAUACUUCAAUUAGAUGGAGCAUAUACACGAGAAGAACUACGCUAGUUUCAGUCCUUCUCAAAGAAAUUUGACAGGAAACAGCUUCAGCUAUAAAGAUUUACUUAGCUGUUUGUUCGACAAGAAUAGUAUUCGACCCAUUAACAUCGGACAGGCAGUGGUAACGGAACAAAAAGAUUGCUUCUGGUGUAACGCAAGUUUAGUAGAAUCAAAGUUUCAAUGUCCUCAACACAAAUUAGAGAGCCCUGGCAUGAAGCAAAAAAAUCAAUUACCACUUGCAAUAAGAUCACUUCCGCCGGAAGUUGGCCUGUGUCGGUCCGGCAUUCCCGGGCCAGGAUAUGGGGUGUGUGCCAAGCGAACAAUACCUAUUGGUGCGUGGAUUGGGCCCUAUGAAGGAAAGUUUGUGAAGCCUGAGGAAAUGUCUCCUACUGCUGACACAUCUUACAUGUGGGAGAUCUACAGAGACGGCAUACUAGCAGGAUACAUUGAUGGCAGUGAUGAAAAUUAUUCCAGCUGGAUGCGUUUUAUCCGCAGUGCACGACACAAAGGAGAACAAAACAUGUUUGCUUUCCAAUACCUGGGUAAGGUGUUUUAUCGCACAUUCAAGACCAUCCAGCCAGGAGAAGAAAUGCUGGUGUGGUACGAUGACAAAUAUCCACAGUACCUUGGUAUCCCCUCUACUAUGUUUGACAUGGGUGCUGUCAUACCAAGUGGUGCUAGCUCUCAAUCUGAUGAAGUGAUUGUUGUCUCUCCACACGCAACAAACCAGCAGUUCGACCCCAGUCCACAAAGUUCAUUCUUUCCCAGUCCUCCUCCUUCGCCUGUUUCUCAUCCUAGGAGCCAAUUUGGAUAUAAUCCAGUUUCUCGAAAAGGAAAGCGCUCUCCUAUACGUAAAACCUGCGUUGAAAAGCUUCCCUCUCCUAAGAAGCAAGGCACGAUGAAACUUGUGUCAAACAUGAAGUCCGUCUUUGAGAAUGGUUUUAGUCCGCUGAAAGGGAAUAGGGCUGAUGAAGUAACAGAGGCAAAGCCAGAUCGUUCUGAAUUAUUUAAAUCACUCUCAUUGCCAAGAGAUGAAUUAAAUUUUGCUGAAAAGGAGACAGCAAUAGUAAAUCACAAAUCCAGGGCUACAGAGCUUAGCGUAAGGACAGCUCCAACUUUUCCAGAAAUGUCUGUGAACCAGAAAGCAAUUGGUACCCAGGUUCCACCAAAUCCUUACCAGUGCGGUCACUGCCCAGCCCAUUUUAACAAUGUCUGUGAAUUGCGAGCGCAUGCUGUCAUCCAUGUCAACAAGAAACCCUUCAAGUGCGGAUACUGCUCACGAUCUUUCACUGGGGCAACCACUUUGAACAAUCACAUUCGAUCUCAUGUUGGAGGCCGAUUGCUGGCCACUAGAAAACGUCUUCUCCAGGGUGAGGAAGUGUGAAUUCCUUCGUAGUGACAAAUUAAAAAACAGAAUAAAAGCAGGACUUCGUGUCACAUCAAAUGCACAGCUCCAACGAUUGUUAGCCACUGGAAAACGUCUUCUCUAGGGUGAGGAAGUGUGAAUUCCCUCAUAAUGACAAAUUAAGGAACAGAAUGAAAGUAGGACUUCAUGUAACAUCAAAUGCACACUGACCCAACAGGCCAGAAAAACGUGAAGAACCGCAGUUGUAUUGGCGCUAAGUUUGCAAAAAUCAUUCAAUUGAAUGUAUCACGCGAAAUAACGCCUAUUCAAACUUUUCAGUUUACACUUCAUUCUUAAUGGGAAAAAUGCUGCGCAAAUACCUUUUAAAGCAGAUUUAAAUUUGAAUCAUACCGAUUGGAGACAAACCAUCAUGAGUGUUGAGCAAGACUCGGACUAAUACGCCUUCCCUCUAGUAUUCACUUAUGUUUCUCUUUUCCUGCAACAACACAAUGGUGUUUGGAACAUGUAAAGGAAUGUCCCCUUUCAAUUUAUUUAUCAACAGAAGAGAAUAAGACAGACUACUGAUAUUGUAUUAAAAUCCUGUAUUGUUUGAAGACAUGACUUACCACGACCAUUGUAACUUAUUACAGAAACUUAAUAUUCAUUGUUGUGGCGUGGACAUUAUGUAAACGAUAAAAACAACAAUCCUGUACAAAAUGAGCCAUAAAGAGAAAAUAAGAUUGCAAGAGUAAAUCAUUCAGAGUCUUCCACGUAUUCAUAUCAUUGUUUUGUACGGCUUAAAACUGCAAGGCUCACGAGAAAUAUCUGGCAACACUGUUAGAACCGACCGUUUGACCAUCUGCUUGUAAUUAUUUAUAAGUUUGAGUAAAUUUCACCUUUUAUGAGCCCCUCAGACAUUCUGGAGUAAUAAAGACCUGAAGGGCUUCCAAACCACAGUGUUUCAGAAGAGGUGUCAGGUUCAAUAAACAUCCGGUAAUAGACUUUCUUCUCCAUGCUUCCUCAUGAUCUUGAAGUGCUAUAUCAUUAAUCAUGCAGCUUUCAUUUGUGAGAUCUACACGCCAAUCAAUUGCCAUUGCCUCUCUCAUUGGGUUAGAAAAAUAAAGAAGCUUUGAAAAAAA